UGAUGACAGCUUCAUAAAAAAAUUUAUUGUCAAAAAAAAUCGCGUGUGAAUAAAUCAUUUAUUCAAUCGAAUCAGAUGAUUUUACAAAAUAAAAGGCAAAUAAAAUAGUUGAAAUAUUCAAAUUUCCGUAGUCCCCAAUUCCAAUCAGCCAAUCGGUAAAACGCAGUCAUGGGUGGAAAGACGAAACAAACGCAACGAACGAAAAAUAAUUCAAGGCCCUCGAACAGUGGCCGUAGCGCUGAAUUGUUAGGAACAUCCGUGCAACCGUUUGUUGGAUUCGCAUCGACAAUAUCGGACGGUGGAUUUUUAUCCGUUUUGCCGGGAUUUCAAUCAAGUGAAAUUUCGCCUGAGGAAAUCGAUUCCAAUGUCGACUAUAAUUACCAAUUGGUUUUCCGGAAAAUGACCAAAAAAGAUUCCACAACCAAAGUGAAAGCACUGCAAGAAUUUACGGAAUUGAUCGGACAAUCUGAUGUGGAUGCAGUCAGAGCAAUUCUACCGUUCUGGCCUCGAUUAUAUAGCACCCUAGCAGUUGACGUUGAGCAUCGGGUGCGUGAAUUCUCUCAACAAGCUCAAGCAGCUGUUGUAAAUAAAUGCGGGAAACAUAUUGCACCACACUUGAAGCAACUAGCACCGAUUUGGAUUACCAGCCAAUACGAUUCGUAUCCUCCGGCAGCCAGUCUUGCAUCUGCGUCGUUCAAAAAUGCAUUUCCUCCAGCCAAGUUACAAGAAGUUUUCAAUUUCUGUCAAAACGAAGUACUGGAGUACAUCAUCAAAAAUUUGACUGUUUUUACGGCCACCACUCUGUCCAAUCCGAAGGUGUUCAGCACCGAAGAAUGCGAAUCCAAAUACCAACGGGUUGUUGCAUGCAGUUUGCAGGGAUAUGCUUUGUAUUUGUCGAAAAUAUCGGCAGAUCAGCUUCAGGAAGCAGCACAAAAGAACGCUUCAUUGGUGGACAAUCCGAAAUUUUGGAGUUUUCACAAACAUAAGGUAGCUGCCGUUAGAGCCGCCUGGUAUGAAGCACUGUCGGCGCUUUUGCAGUACGGAAUAUUUUUGCUAGAAAACCAUCAACCCCAAGCAACCACUUGUGCAAUUCAGGCGAUAGAUGAAAGUGAACCUGCUGCUUUGCCGUUCGUUUGGGAAUCGAUUUUGUUGGUAUCGCAGAAAAUUGACGAUUGGUACAAACACGUCAACAUGGAAAAGGCACUGCUUCCCAAAUUGACAAAGAUUCUAAAAACCGGUGGCAAUGGUAACGCAGCUGUCAUAUAUCCGCAUAUGUUGCCCUUCCUAGCCAAAUUAAAUACAAACGUACUACAGGAAGGCGUACACCCAUUUUACAAGGAAUUCUUUCGAAAUACCAAAAUUGGCUUGGAGUCUCGCUCAUCCCGUUCCGAUAUAUCUUCCAUUUCGAUUGCUUACUUCGAAUGUUUGCAAUUUAUUUUCACGCAAUUGAAAGUCGAAGAUUUCCCAUCCGAAUCGGAUUUGGUCAGCUAUUGCAACGAAUUGGUUGAUGAGAAUGUGAUUGAAGUGUUGGACUGGUGCAUAACAAGGGAGAACAAUAACAACGGGAAAUACGUGUUUCCCCCACUUGCUUCGUUGCUGGGAGCUUGGAGUAAUCAGGAGGCUGCUGUGUACGUAUCGGUUUUGAACAACAUUUGGGACCGACUUUACACCAUUUUGGAACUGUCGUUAGAUGGUGAUGUAGAAGUGGAGAGAAUAUUGGACAGUCACUACGAUCUGGUGCAAAGUUUCCGAAACAGCAACUCGGUGAAAUCGAAAAAUGUUCGUGUAAAAUUCGCUACGGAUGAAGAUCAAGUUGACGCUGUUGUUAAAGCAUCCAAGAAACUACCACAUUUCGACGAACUUAUCUAUCGGCUAUGCUUGCUGUAUGUUAAGAAGACAACUUCCACAAAUAGCCCAAGAUGUUUGGCGAAUUUAGAAAAUUUAUUGAAACAAUUUGGCAGCGCAGAUCUGUUCAUGAAACUGUCGGGUGGAAAUGGAUUCUUCAAAUUGUACGAUACAUUCGCCAUGUGGUUGUUCCUCACGAAUCUUCGAAAGGAAUGCGUUGUGGAUAUUAUUUUACUGAUGUACACCCAUAUGAAUGCAGAGGAGAAAACCGACCUUCUCAACAAGCUCAUUAAAUUUAACAAUGAACAAGUGCAGACGUGGUUCCUAGCGCGACUGUUAAGCCAUCCGUUGGUGAUGGAACCGAAUGUUACCAAGCUAAUCGGGCAACCAAGUGUCACAAAAAUCUUGUUAAAAUGUGCGAAUGCAAUCUUAGACGGCGACACAAAGGAGAACAUAAACUUUUUGCACAAAUGCUUUUUCCAGAACGAAAACGGUGAGAUUCUGAUUGAUAAUGCCACUUGUGACGGUAUCGUUCGCGUAUUGGCAAAAGCACUGAACGAUGAAUCGAAAACGACCGUACUGGAUAUCUGCACCAGUUUCUUAGCACAGAUAAUGCCAGUUAUCUGUUGUGAUCCGGCGAAAAAGGAUUUGCAAAAUUUUCUAUUUUUGGAAUUUUUUGCAUUUAGCAUUCGGAAGAGUGUGAAUGAUGACUUGUCGGAAGAUACGAUGUGGGAAAUAACAACGUCCUGGCAAGAUGCUUUGUCCAGCAAUGAUCUUCAGUUAAACCAAACUUUGCUCAAUGAAUGUUCGGCAAUAAUCGAUGGUCGUAUGAACCAAGCGGACGAGCCAUCGGUGAAAGUAAUCGAAAAUCUAGCGGAAAUGGUGUCCAAACUGAUAUUAUGUUCAAUCGAGCGCAUCGACGACGAAAACGAAAAAUAUAAGCGGGCCGAUGACAUCAUGGACACGAUUUUCAAUCAACGUGUUAAAGAAGACAAGACGAAUUUUGCUUUGAUCGAAAGUUUUUGCGGAUUCAUUGAAACCACCCACGAAGAAUUGACCGUUCCGGAUAUCGGAACUGAUAGCGAAAUUAAAGGCACAAAUUACAUAGCAACGAUGAAUCAAUUGUUUAAGUGGUGGCAGUUCAAAUUCAGUGUUGUGUUCAAGAUCACUUGUCGAAUAAAGCAAUGUCGAGAUGUUGAAGCGGGCGAAAGUAGUGGCGAUGACGAGUACACUGAAGAUUUCUGUGAUUUGGAUGAAAAUUUGAUUCAAGUUUCGUCGGAGAACAUUUUUGAUGAAAUUUUACAUGGCAUCUACGUGGCUUCAUUGGGCAAUACAUUUAUCAAUCAUUCCAUUGUUCUGCAAGAGUAUACGGAGAAUCUUAUACUAAAUCUUUCCGAAUCGGUUGUGUUGUACCUGAAAAAUAUUUCCUUGAAAAACCUUCAGGCCAUCAGAGACAAAUUGAUUUUCAAUGCUGCGACGAAAGGUUUCUUCUGGUCGAUUAGUUGUUUGGUUCUAACUAAUAUGGAACAAUACAGCGAUCCGGAAAACGGUCAUGUUCUGUUAUACGAAGACGUGACAUCAACUAAGGAUUCGUGGGAUUUGGCUCAAAUGAACAUGUACCAGGUGAUAGCGUCUAAACUCGCUCCAAGACUAUUACCUCAACCGUCAGUCCUAGAUGAGAGCACUCUCUACAAAGCAAUUCAGCUGCGAUGCAUAAUCCAAAAUUAUCUCCGCGGCAGUAAUUACAACGAAAUCGACGAUAGAAAGGUCAUUGAUCAAACUUUGAAGUUCAUUGGAGAACUGUAUACGAAAAGUAAAACCGACAAGGAGUUUCUGUUGUACAAUGAAGACAUCUCACAAAGGGAUUCAUCCAAAAUAAUACUCGUGACGGAGGUGGUCAAUCUGCUAAGCCAAGUAAUUGCAGUGUUUCCCAAACAAUUGGACACAACCUCUUGGGAUAUUAUACGAAUAGCUUUGAGUUCAUGGGUGCUAACUGUUUCGAAAACAAGCGAACACUUCAAAUCCACUAAAGUGGCUGUAUUCAUUUCGGCUAUUUAUCGUCUUUUCCAAAACCUAUCAAAAUUUAUUGCUCAGGAAAAAACCAAAAGCUCAACCGAAAUGCUAUCAAGUGUCAUUGACGAAUGGGAGCACUUAUUUGCUAAGGAUGUUAAUUUGAUUGUGCUGAAAUGCUACAUGAAAUUCGUCAACAGCAAAAGCAACGAUUUGAAAGAUAUUGCGUUCAUCGAGUCUCUGAGUCCUACAGUUGCAGCGAUCGAUUUCAAGCAUGUGAUCGUUGCGAAUAAAAUUGACUCCAAGACGAGCAUGGACGAUCUGAUUAACUUUGCUUUGACCAACAUCACGCAUUCCAGCCACACCAUUCGUGUGUCAUGUGCAGAAAUUUUGAAGCGACUAGCCCGUGGUUUGAUAGCACAAGAUGUGGAUCAGUUGAACAAGAGAAACGAGUUGGAAAUGCAAGGGAAAAAGGAUAAAUUGACUGGUCCGUGGCAUUUGUUGCAAAAGUUUGAAACGGCCAUUCAACAGAUAAAUGAUGUCAUGCAGCCGUACGUGGAUGAGUUUAGUUUUAAAACGAACGAAUUGGAUGAUUUGAAUGAUGUUCCCAUCGAGAUAUCCAUUCCGCAUCUAUUGCUAUGGGAUUGCAUACUGGACAUUUGCUCGAAAAGUUCGUCAGAGAUGCGGUCCACUUAUGCCAGCUACUUAACAGACAGUAAAUUUGAUCAGUUUAUGCUAAACAGUCUAUUUCGUUUGAUGCCAGCGGAAAUCCUGAGAAAUCAAGAUUCAAAGCACAUUGGCUCGGCUUUCUUUGCACCCUUAACUUGGGAACAGAUUAGUGAUGUUGACAUCACUCCGGAACGGUAUGCCUGCUUCAUUUAUUCGCAAACUCUUCGACAUCUACCGGCAGUCGCUAGAAAAUGGUGGCACGAUUCGAAUCCUCGUCAAAAGACGCUGGUUGAUAAAAUAACCACUUGCUUCGUGUCGCCAAUCAUUUGCCAGGAGGAGCUGCGAUCGCUGGUGGAAAAGCGAGACAAACACGAAAAUAUGCAGAUCACCGUACACUUAUCCACCAGAGAGGUGCUAGCCACAUAUUCCAUUGACGAAGCUCGUAUGGAAUGUGCUGUUAGUCUGCCGGUCAAUCAUCCUUUGGGUGUGGUUAAAGUGGACAGCGGUAAACAAAUUGGCGGUCGAUUACAAUCACGCGUACUCGUUAUGCAAUUGACAAUUUUCUUGACACAUCAAAAUGGUUCCAUUUUUGAUGGCUUGGAUUUGUGGAAGCGGAAUUUGGAUCGAAAAUUCGAGGGUGUGGAAGAAUGUUACGUCUGUUAUAGCGUAAUACAUCAGGAUACUUGCCAGUUGCCGAAGUUAAGUUGUAAAACGUGCAAAAAGAAAUUCCAUGGAACAUGUUUGUAUAAAUGGUUCAGUACAAGCAGCAAGUCAACAUGUCCGAUAUGCAGAAAUAUAUUCUAGAAAGAAAUUAUAUUUUUUUGUGAUUUUUUUUAGCGUGACUUUACCAGUGGUUAAAAAUUUUUAUUUUUCUAUUACGCGAGCUUUUUCCUUUCGAAUUUUCAAUCGUUUCGUUGUGAAGAAAUGGUAAACUUUUUAGUUUGUGUGCAGUACCUAAUUAGUUUGUAUGCAAUUAAACUACGAAAUUAAAAGUCAGAAAAUUUGCGUUU